AUGGCGCUCCGCGCGCUGCCGCUGCUCUACGUGAACAUGGGCGGCGAGAUGCUCUACAUCCUGAGCCAGAGACUCAAGGCGCAGCGGAUAGACGCGGACAAGGCGCAGCGAGUGAUGUCCGACAUCGUGGCGGCCAUGUUCGGAGGACGGCUGGUCGACGAGCUGUUUCGGCCUCAGCCGCUCUACUCUGCUCGGGCGCUGCGAUCGCUCUUCGAGAAGCUGACGCACACGUCUGUCAUGCGACUUAGCCCCGCCAGCAUGGACAAGCUGUACGACCUGAUGUGCAUGGUGGUCAAGUACCAGCUGUGGGCGUGCUCCAGUCCCCGCGACCUGCUGCCUCUGACACUCAAGCACCUCGAGGCGGCCGGACCAGGCGGACCAGCCAGUCACGCGGCUUCAGCCGUCCAGAAGGUCAGCGUUGUCCAUCACGUCACGCACUGA